AUGGCCGACAACGUUUCAUUCACUGAUGUCGGUGAUCCAGGAGGCGGCGGAGGUCAUCAGGGCAACUCUUCUGGAAUGCUUGAUAUGCUUGGAUCCCUCGAGAAGAAGGAUAAGAAAGCAAAGAAGAACAAGAAGAAGGCAUCAAAAAAGAAGAAGAAGGAGAAGACAAAGUACAAAAGACAGAGAAAAGUCGACAGAUAUGAGUCUCAGAACUUCUUGUAUCGUGUCGAAGGAUCAUUGUUCUGUGCUGGAAUCAUUAUCGGAGUGAUAAUGCUCCUGACAUUCAUCAUUUUCGGAAUAGUUUUCUCCGUGAGAACCAAUGGAAACAUGGUCAGCUACAUGACUCCUUGGUGGGGAACUGCGGAUGAGGCAAAGGACGAAGACGUUUAA